CUGGCAGAUCACAACUCACUCACUGCUCUGACACUGAGUGUUCUCAGCACUGUACCUGGAGCACGGCAAACUGGACUCUCUGCAGAACAUGGAUGUGGAUCUGGUAAGUGGAGGCAGACAGUCUCAUGGAGUCAUUGUAUUAACCCUUUCAGUGCCAGACAUGGUUUGCACUUUACUUUUUUGGGGGGCUUUUUGUUUAGUUUUUAGAAUGUGUGUAGGGUUUACAUUUACAGGAUAGUGUAAUCCGAUGCUGUAAGAAAAUAGAUGCUCAUUCUCAUUCGUGUUCCAGAGGAAGUGUUAAUUGGAAAAAAAUAUUACUUGGCCUCAAAGCUGACACUCAUCUGUGUCAUUGGAAUGAGCGCGUGGUGGAAUGUAGUGUAAUAUUGGGAUUUAAUGUAAAUGUCACUGACUGCGGACUGAGCGGAGUGUGGGACUCAGUGAGUGGCACUUAAUGCAGACAGAGCGGAGUGUGGGGCUCAGUGAGUGGCACUCAAUGCAGACUGAGCGGAGUGUGGGGCUCAGUGAGUGACACUCAAUGCAGACUGAGUGAAGUUUGUGGCUCAGUGAGUGGCACUCAAUGCAGACUGAGUGGAGUGUGGAGCUCAGUGAGAGACACUCAAUGCAGGCUGAGUGAAGUUUGUGGCUCAGUGAGUGUCUGCAGACUGAGUGCAGUGUGGGGCUCAGUGAGUGGCACUCAAUGCAGACUGAGUGCAGUGUGGGGCUCAGUGAGUGGCACUCAAUGCAGACUGAGUGCAGUGUGGGGCUCAGUGAGUGGCACUCAAUGCAGACAGAGCGGAGUGUAGGAUCAGUGAGUGGCACUCAAUGCAGACUGAUCAGAGUGUGUGGCUCAGUGAGUGGCACUCAGUGCAGACUGAUCAGAGUGUGGGGCUUAGUGAGUGGCACUCAAUGCAGACUGAGUGGAGUGUAGGAUCAGUGAGUGGCACUCAAUGCAGACUGAGCUGAGUGUGGGGCUCAGUGAGUGGCACUCAAUGCAGACUGAGCGGAGUGUGGGGCUCAGUGAGUGGCACUCAGUGCAGACUGAGCGGAGUGUGGGGCUCAGUGAGUGGUACUCAGUGCAGACUGAGUGGAGUGUAGGAUCAGUGAGUGGCACUCAAUGCAGACUGAGCGGAGUGUGGGGCUCAGUGAGUGGCACUCAGUGCAGACUGAGCGGAGUGUGGGGCUCAGUGAGUGGCACUCAGUGCAGACUGAUCAGAGCGUGGGGCUCAGUGAGUGGCACUCAAUGCAGACUGAGCGGAGUGUUGGGCUCAGACUGAUCAGAGUGUGGGGCUCAGUGAGUGGCACUCAGUGCAGACUGAGUGGAGUGUGGGGCUCAGUGAGUGGCACUCAGUGCAGACUGAGUGGAGUGUGGGGCUCAGUGAGUGGUACAGAUAAAAGUGUGAGUGUGGUGUAUGGCUAAUUGAGUGGCUCGGGUUGAAGUGUGAGUGGGGUUUAGGACGAGGUGAGUGACACUGACUGUGCCCAAUAUCUGCGAUGUCUUGUUAUAGAGAAUUAAUCCCAUAAACCGAUAGAGUGUGAGCGAGGUGAGCGAGGUGAGCUAUGUACUAAGCUAGUCAGCGUGGUUUCUGCUGGUAAAAUAAGAACACGCGGCUCAGUCAGUUCAGAACUGAACAUCAAGCGGUAUAGGAAUAGAAUUAGGGCAGUAUGGAGAGUGCUACCUACCUGAGUGUCAGUCUGUCUGAUUAUUAACCUGUCUGAGUGUCAGUCUGUCUGAUAUUAACCUGUCGGAGUGUCAGUCUGUCUGAUAUUAACCUGUCUGAGUGUCAGUCUGUCUGAUUAUUAACCUGUCUGAGUGUCAGUCUGUCUGAUAUUAACCUGUCGGAGUGUCAGUCUGUCUGAUUAUUAACCUGUCUGAGUGUCAGUCAGUCUGAUUAUUAACCUGUCUGAGUGUCAGUCUGUCUGAUAUUAACCUGUCUGAGUGUCAGUCUGUCUGAUUAUUAACCUGUCUGAGUGUCAGUCAGUCUGAUUAUUAACCUGUCUGAGUGUCAGUCUGUCUGAUAUUAACCUGUCUGAGUGUCAGUCUGUCUGAUAUUAACCUGUCUGAGUGUCAGUCUGUCUGAUAUUAACCUGUCUGAGUGUCAGUCAGUCUGAUAUUAACCUGUCUGAGUGUCAGUCUGUCUGAUAUUAACCUGUCGGAGUGUCAGUCUGUCUGAUUAUUAACCUGUCUGAGUGUCAGUCUGUCUGAUUAUUAACCUGUCUGAGUGUCAGUCAGUCUGAUUAUUAACCUGUCUGAGUGUCAGUCUGUCUGAUUAUUAACCUGUCUGAAUGUCAGUCUGUCUGAUUAUUAACCUGUCUGAGUGUCAGUCUGUCUGAUUAUUAACCUGUCUGAGUGUCAGUCAGUCUGAUAUUAACCUGUCUGAGUGUCAGUCUGUCUGAUAUUAACCUGUCGGAGUGUCAGUCUGUCUGAUUAUUAACCUGUCUGAGUGUCAGUCUGUCUGAUUAUUAACCUGUCUGAGUGUCAGUCAGUCUGAUUAUUAACCUGUCUGAGUGUCAGUCUGUCUGAUUAUUAACCUGUCUGAAUGUCAGUCUGUCUGAUUAUUAACCUGUCUGAGUGUCAGUCUGUCUGAUUAUUAACCUGUCUGAGUGUCAGUCAGUCUGAUAUUAACCUGUCUGAGUGUCAGUCUGUCUGAUUAUUAACCUGUUGGAGUGUCAGUCUGUCUGAUUAUUAACCUGUCGGAGUGUCAGUCAGUCUGAUAUUACCCUGUCUGAGUGUCAGUCUGUCUGAUUAUUAACCUGUCUGAGUGUCAGUCUGUCUGAUAUUAACCUGUCUGAGUGUCAGUCAGUCUGAUAUCAACCUGUCUGGGUGCUUUGUACUUACCUGCCUGAUGAUAAGAACUAACCUGUCCUUGUACUAUCUGCCUGGAUCUCUGUAUGGCUGGUAUUGUAACCUCUCUGGGCCAUACUAUAGCUAUUAUAUUAUAGCUCUGUUUAGGAAAUCAUGCAUCUUGUUAUAUUUAACAAAGUAACAAUCCCCUGCCCAGCACAGCCUCUCACAGAUUUCCAAUAAUACAUAGAUAGAGGUUUGAAACCCCAUUGUGGUUGGGGGAAUUUCUAUGCAAAGUGACUCUGGGAGCCACUGGUUCUAGACAGCAGCCAGAUUCAUGAAAUGUGUGGGUAUGGGCUGUGUGAGUCCAUGGGUUUCAUGUGAUGGGUAUGGGCUGUGUGUGAGUCCAUGGGUUUCAUGUGAUGGGUAUGGGCUAUGUGAGUCCAUGGGUUUCAUGUGAUGGGUAUGGGCUGUGUGAGUCCAUGGGUUUCAUGUGAUGGGUAUGGGCUGUGUGAGUCCAUGGGUUUCAUGUGAUGGGUAUGGGCUGUGUGUGAGUCCAUGGGUUUCAUGUCAUGGGUAUGGGCUAUGUGAGUCCAUGGGUUUCAUGUGAUGGGUAUGGGCUGUGUGUGAGUCCAUGGGUUUCAUGUGAUGGGUAUGGGCUAUGUGAGUCCAUGGGUUUCAUGUGAUGGGUAUGGGCUGUGUGAGUCCAUGGGUUUCAUGUGUGAUGGGCUGUGUGAGUCCAUGGGUUUCAUGUGAUGGGUAUGGGCUGUGUGUGAGUCCAUGGGUUUCAUGUGAUGGGUAUGGGCUAUGUGAGUCCAUGGGUUUCAUGUGAUGGGUAUGGGCUGUGUGAGUCCAUGGGUUUCAUGUGAUGGGUAUGGGCUGUGUGAGUCCAUGGGUUUCAUGUGAUGGGUAUGGGCUGUGUGAGUCCAUGGGUUUCAUGUGAUGGGUAUGGGCUGUGUGUGAGUCCAUGGGUUUCAUGUGAUGGGUAUAGGCUGUGUGAGUCCAUGGGUUUCAUGUGAUGGGUAUGGGCUGUGUGUGAGUCCAUGGGUUUCAUGUGAUGGGUAUGGGCUGUGUGAGUGCCUGGGUUUCGUGUGAAGGGUAUGGGCUGUGUGUGAGUCCAUGGGUUUCAUGUGAUGGGUAUGGGCUGUGUGAGUCCAUGGGUUUCAUGUGAUGGGUAUGGGCUGUGUGUGAGUCCAUGGGUUUCAUGUGAUGGGUAUGGGCUGUGUGAGUCCAUGGGUUUCAUGUGAUGGGUAUGGGCUGUGUGUGAGUCCAUGGGUUUCAUGUGAUGGGUAUGGGCUGUGUGAGUGCCUGGGUUUCGUGUGAAGGGUAUAGCUUUGUUUAUUGGUGACCUAAAGCACAUUGCAGGAGGAUGUACAGAGCUCUCUGCCCCGAGACAUUGUAUCCUCAGCCUUCAGAUAAUCUGUGAAAGGCUGUCUGUAUCCUCACACGUGGAUUUGCAUAGAGAGAACACUGUCUGGGGAACGGUCCAAAAACUCAACAAAGAUGUAAAGCAGUGAUGGGUAACACUGGCACCCCAGAUGUUUCCCAUGAACCUCCCCCUGUAGGCAAACAUCUAGGGUGCCAAGGUUUCCCAUUACUGACCAGCACUGGGAGAAAUGUGAUGCAUUGCAAAUUGCUGCAAAUCACAAUAUGAAUGCAGAUUAAACACAAAAAAAGUAAAAUAAUAAAAUGUAUUUUGCUGUAAACAAAACAGACAAUGCUGGCUCCUGCAUCCAUUCUGGAUCAGCAAGUUUAGUAUGUCUAUUCUAAAGGUUCUGUUUAUUUUACACUAUUGUACAGCGCUACAGAAUAUGUUAGUGCCUUAUCAGUUGUAAACAAGAAGGUACCAGUUGGUGUUAUACUCUGUGGUGUACUGACCUGUAGUCAUUUGCAAUGCAUCGCUUGGUUUCUUUGUGCUGCCAAGUAGGGCGCAGGGUUUGUGCUCUGUGCUGAAUGGCGCCUCCUUUUUCUUUUUUACCUUUCCCCUUUUUUUAAAAUCCCCGCUCAAAAAAAAGACUAUUGCCCCAAACUGCUGUCAGUUAGUCAUCUUACUUCCCGUUUACACCAAACACCAAAUAUUGAAACUUUUUAUUUCUGCAGAGGAAACUAUUGCAACACAACACAAGCAGUCUACUCUAGAGCAAAGGUUCUGAAAUGUUAUUGUUCUCCUAUACUCUACUUUCUCAGGUCUUAGACAUUCAACUGCUGCCCCCUUAGGCAGUCCUCUAAUAUUUGUACAUUUUAUAUCAUUUUACUAAAUCUACCCCAUCUCCUAGAUCAGGGGUAUGCAACCUUUGGCACUGCAGAUGUUGUGAACUACAUCCCCCAUAAUGCUCUUACACCCAUAAUGUUAGCAAAGCAUCAAGGGAGCUGUAGUCCAAAACAUCUGGAGUGCCGAAGGUUGCCAAUGCCUGUCCUGGACUGCAAUUCCCAUCUGUUUGCCUUGGAAUAAUAAGAAAAAAAUUUCUUUAUGCAACUCCUAUUACCCAAAGCAAGGACUCAAGCUGGUUGACAGAGGGUUGGGGGUUGGGGAGUCACGAUUCUGCACAGUUAAGAGCCAGUAGCGAAACUGAAGCAGGAUAGGUUACAUGCAAAACAGAGAAAAUACUAUCAUGAGUCUGUGUUAGAUACAGUGUUGCUUUUCAUAACAAAGAAGAUCAGAUAUUGCCAAUAAGUCACAACUCAAACAAGUGUCUCUUUGCUUAUCACUUUCCACCCGGCAGCUGACUUCUAACCAAUGAACUGUUUUGAUUUGGUAUUUUCCAACUCAACAAAAACACUCAAGUGAUUUUUUUGUUCCUUUCAUUGUUUUAUUUCUAUAACCGGAGGUUUAAAAAACACACACACACACACACACACACAAAAGAACAAGCAGCAUUCUUGAUGACAACAUAGCGGAUCCAUGUUAGCAUGAGCAAUUUUAGCUUUUAAGAUUUAAAUUCUAAAAACAUACUGAAAGGAAUAUUUUCAGGAUACACCCUUUUACUCCAGCGUGUAAUUCUGCUCUCCAAUUUAUAAUGUUUCAAAUAAUUCUAGAUACUCCCUUUUUCCCUAGAGUUACAUGGUAUGUAGUCAUAGGAGGAUAAACACUCCUCUGUUUUAAGUUUACAAGCAAUGACAUCAUACGAAUCCAUUGUAAUACUAUAUUUUUGGGCAUUUUAAAUCCACAUGUGUUUUUAAUGAAUUGUUAAAAAUCAUAAACAGAAUUUUAAUCUGAAACUCAUCAUUCUUUUUUCAUUUCUUCCUACAGUUCUCUGGUGGAAUUGAUAUCAAUUUCACAGAAGACAACAGCACUGAGAUAAAUGGUUCGGAAGAUUUUGAUGAUUACCAAGGUCUUUGUUACGCCCACGAGAACAAUGACUUCAACCGAAUCUUCUUGCCAACCAUCUACUCCUUCAUUUUCUUGUUGGGAAUCAUUGGAAAUGGAUUGGUGGUAUUGGUCAUGGGCUAUCAAAAAAAAUCAAGGACCAUGACUGAUAAAUAUCGUCUUCACCUCUCCAUUGCUGACCUGCUCUUUGUCUUCACUCUCCCGUUUUGGUCCGUGGAUGCUGCCAUAGGAUGGUAUUUUAAAGAAUUUCUGUGUAAAGCUGUACAUGUAAUUUACACAGUCAACCUCUACAGUAGCGUCUUGAUCCUGGCAUUCAUAAGUCUCGAUCGCUACCUUGCGAUAGUCCAUGCUACCAAUAGCCAGGGAUCGAGGAAACUUUUAGCUGAAAAAAUAGUGUACGCUGGGGUGUGGCUCCCAGCUGUCUUGCUAACAGUACCUGAUUUAGUGUUUGCCAGUGUCAGCGAUGAAAACGGAAAUUACGUGUGUGACCGUAUCUACCCACAUGAAGACCGUCAAAACUGGACCAUUGGUUUCCGGUUCCUACACAUCACAGUUGGACUUGUGUUGCCUGGACUUAUAAUUCUGACUUGCUACUGCGUCAUCAUCUCGAAGUUGUCACACUCCAAAGGCCACCAAAAGCGCAAAGCCUUAAAGACCACUGUCAUUCUUAUCCUGGCGUUCUUCGCAUGCUGGUUACCCUACUACAUCUGUCUCACUAUUGACACUUUCAUGUUGAUUGGAAUAAUCAAGUACGACUGCAUGUUGGAGAAUACAGUGCACAAGGGGAUUUCUAUCACUGAGGCCUUGGCUUUUUUCCACUGUUGCCUCAACCCAAUUUUGUACGCGUUCCUGGGGGCAAAAUUCAAGACAUCUGCUCAGAAUGCCCUGACUUCUGUUAGCAGAGGAUCAAGCCUUAAAAUAUUAUCCAAAAAACGUGCUGGUCUUUCAUCGGUUUCAACAGAAUCCGAGUCCUCAAGUUUCCACUCCAGUUAACAGGACUAAAUUCACAAGGACUUCUGUAAAUAGACUGAUAAACUAUGUACAUAACUUAUAAAUAUAUAUAUAUAAAUCUUUUGCUAUAUGAAUUUAUAUUGACUGUCCGUUGACGUUGUUGUUUCAACAACUUAUUUAUAUAAAUUGUUUCCUGUGUUAUCUUUUUUUUUGUAGGCAGGCCCUGUGGACUAUUGAUUGGUGCACAAUAAAUUUAUGACAUUCCUGUAUCCAUUUCUGUGUAAAUUUAAUUUUCACACUAAAAAAACAUCACAGCCCUUAAAUAAAUUGAAUUUCAGGUCUGCAGAUUAUUCCUCCCAGUCAUAAAGAAAAAAAAUAUCCACAGGUCACAAUCACGAAAAAGUGAAUUGGAAAUAUAUCUUCCCUAUAGACAGCAAACUAUUUAUUUCGUACUUUCAGAAUGUGUUGACUACUGUACAUAUUUACAGGUUGUACGGAUUAGAUAUUCUCAUUUAUUUAUUAGAAACGUGGCUAAUACAUUAGUAGUGUGCUGUAGUUUUAGUCCAGGCAUCAGACAAGUUCGGAAUGACCAAUUCAGAUGUCACUUAGAAUUAGUUUACCUAUAAUGAGAGAUACUUUAAAGAGAAGUAAUGCACACUAUUGUGUUUAUAUUUUUUGCAUAGAAAAUCCUCAGACUGCAUGUUGCGUGAGCUUAGGAGGAUUACUACUCUAUUUCAUUAUACGAUAAUGAUGAUAAAUGUUUGUGCUAUUUGAUAUCAUGGGCUUUGCUUCCGUGAUACAGAAUGUUAUUUGGCACCCCACUUUGUAACUAUAUUGAUGGCAGGGGUUUAAACAACAAUCAAUUUACAAUUAGAUACAAUUGAGGGAAUCAGGAUUAAAAGUGACUUAAAAUUAUAUCUAAAAAAUUUAAGAAAACACCCCGUAGGGUAAAAUAAUCACUGCUUACAAUAGCUUGCAAAGGAGAUCCAUUGAAAUACAAAUAACACAAUAUAUAAACAGAAAUAUAGAAUAUUGUUUAUCAAGCAUACAAUAUGACAAAUCUGCUUUAAGGAGAACAUAGAUUAAGAUGGGAUCAUGUCUUAAUAUAAAAUGAAUUGGAGGGUACCUUCAUAUUUAAAAACAUUCAUAACCAAUGAAAAAACAUAAAAUGUCUGGUGAAUCAUUUAGUCAAACAUUCUAGGCGAAUCGCAGAAAGAAACAAUUCACUUAACAAAGAAAGAAAGGGUCAGACAUAUUUUGUCGAAUAAAUUUGCAAUAAUUUUACCUCUUCAUAUACCAUGAUGGAUUUCUUAAAUCUUGACUCCAAACCCUAAGAUGUAAUAGAUGAAAGACUGUUCGAACAUGUAUUACAUACAACUAAUAUGUACAAUCCAUCACAUGUAUCUUCAUUAGAGAUCCUUGCAUGAUUACUCCACAAAACCAAGCAGUGCAUUCAUGGACAAAUUAGAUUUAAACAUAUUAAUUAGGUUGAAUUGAACCCCUUAAAUUGACCCAUAUUGGUAUUAUGUCUUACAUAUGUGGAUACAUGCCAUCGCUGUUCAAACUACUCUGGCUACAGUUGUUACCAUCAAAAGAUACGUCUAGUGAAUUGGGUUCUUAAUACACAAAUAUCAUAUGUAGGAGGUAUAUAGAAAACAAAAUAGCUUCAGAAAAUUGAUGGCAGAUCAAUUUUUUUCUGCUGACCAUUAAAGUUAAACAGGGACAAGGGAUUUGUAUGGUUUUCAGCAUUCCUAAAAAGAUGGGUCCACUGUAUAACCCAAUAGAUUUUACAGAGCAGUGAUAGGUAACAUUGGCAUCCAGAAGUUUUUGAACUACAUUUCCCAUGAGGCAAAGCCAUUCUGAAGAUUGCCAAAGCUUCAUGCAAUUUAGAAGUAUCUGGGAUGCCAAGAUUAUCCAACAUUGUCAAAGGAUCUGUCUCAAAUUCAAGUUCCAGCUUCUAUAUACAAGACACCCACCAUAUAUAGGAAGUUGUAAGACUGGGUCAUCAUAAUUUUUCUAUUUUAGCUAUUUCUAAAAUUCUCUGAUGAAUUCUCGACAAUUUGCUCUGUACUGAUCAACUCUGUCUGUAUUUUGAUACGUUAUUGCACUUGAUCCUUUAUUCAUAUUGUGCCACUCGAAAUAACAUUUGUUUGGACACUUUCCGUUACAGUAUUGAACAUAAUAGAGCCAUCACAAGAAGUUCACAGAACAAUGUAUAUAUUUCAAUUGUUAAUAAAAAUGUUUGAAAUUAAA